CCAGCACUGUGUGUCUCAAGAAGGGUGAUGAGAAAAGAUGCAUGGGCAGCGUCGCAUCUCCCUGCUCACCUACUUGGUGGCUUUUGCCAUCCCUGUCUCUUUGACUUUCAACAUUGAUACGACACCUGUAGAUGUCUAUGAAGGGGAACAAAAGGAUUUCUUUGGAUACAAAGUGCUUCAAUUCAUGUCUGGCACGGAAAAAGGGAUAAUCGUAACUGCACCGCUGAAGCUAAAUGGAACUGGGGGGAUAUGUAAACGUGACCAAAACCAAAUGGUCAAGUGCUUCAACCCUAAAGACACAACAAUACCAGUCAAGCACUUUGGCCUGUCCAUAGCUGAAAACUCCAAACGCUCCGAAUUUACUGUGUGCAGUCCAAGUGUAGUCCAUGAAUGUAAUGAUAACUCCUAUGUGAACGGUGUGUGUUACAACAUCACAAAUCAACUUGAGGAAAUCUCCUCUUUCAGACCUGCUUUCCAAGAUUGCACAAAAAAGACAGUGGACCUUGUCUUUCUAUUUGACGGAUCACGGAGUAUGACUGAAGGAGAGUUCAGAGAAAAUAUAAAUUUCAUAGUGGAUAUAAUGAACAGCCUUAAGAACUCAUCAAUCAAGUUUGCUGCAGUUCAGUUCUCAGCAGAUUAUCGAAAAGUUUUUGACUUCAACGACUACCAAGCUGGUAGGGAUCGCGCUAAACUUUCAGCAGAGCCACAUAUGAGGAGUCUCACCAACACACAUAAAGCCCUCAAAUUCGUGUUGGAUGAAAUCUUGGAAAACUCAGAGGCAGGUGCUUCUAGUGAUGCAACUAAAGUUGUGGUACUAAUCACGGAUGGAGAUCCCACCGAUGAGGACACAGAUGGCAUUAUUAAAAAAUAUGAUGAGAAAAACAUAAUUCGCUUUGUCAUUGGGGUCAAAGAAGCUGAUCUUCAAAAAUUCAAAGCCAUUGCUUCAGAACCGAAAGAGAAAAAUGCCUUCAAAAUUGAGAACUAUAACGGAUUGAAAGGAGUACUGGAAAACUUUCAGAAAAAGAUCUUUAAAAUGGAAGGCUCCAAAGUGGCUCGGGCAGGCGAAAUGACCAAUGAAAUGUCUCAGUCUGGAUUCAGUGCUGUCUUCUACAAGGAUACAUUGAUUCUGGGUUCAGUGGGAUCAAACAGCUGGCGUGGUUCUCUCCAAGAACAUCAUCAACAAAAAGAAACACAAAUUGAAGAUCCACACAUGCAGAUGGACUCCUACAUGGGAUACUCUAUUUCUGUUGGAGAGAAGAAUAACGUUCCUCUAUAUUUCACGGGGGCACCAAGAUUUGAGCACACAGGACAGGUCGUACUUUUCAGACACGAUGGCAAGAUCUGGACCGCAGCCCAAAGAAUAAUAGGGGACCAGAUUGGUUCCUACUUUGGUGCAGAGCUGUGCUCAAUAGAUGUCAACUCAGAUGGUAACACAGAUUUCUUGCUGGUGGGAGCUCCACUGUUUUACCAACCUCAGGAGAAGAAAGAAGGCCAGAUCUACAUCUACACAGUUACUGAUGAGAUGAAACUGAACCGUGAAAUGAAUGUGACUGUACCAUCCAUGGGGAGAUUUGGCUCCACCAUAUCCAGUCUUGCAGAUUUAAAUGGAGAUCGACUACGAGACGUUGCUGUUGGAGCCCCUUUAGAGAAUGAUAACACAGGGACUGUGUACAUCUACCUGGGUGACAGACACAGAGGGAUACGCAGCACUUUCAGCCAGAGAAUAAUGGGACAGAAAAUAAAGCCCGGGCUGAGAUUCUUUGGACAAGCCAUUGAUGGAAACAUUGAUCUUGGAGAUGAUGGUCUCCCAGAUAUUGUUGUUGGAUCACAGGGCGCUGCUGUUGUCUUAAGGUCCAGGCCCAUCUUUAAUGUCACUGCCCGUCUGUCUUUUCUACCUAAGAUAAUAAGUACUGACAAAAUUGAAUGCCUGGGCAACACAGAUGGAAAUUUACCAAUGGUUAACCUGACAGCCUGCUUUGAAAUGGUAGAAGCAACCAAGAACAACCCAGCGACAAAGAGCUCUGGACUGAACAUCUCGUACAUGCUCAUUGUGGAUCCAACGAGACAAACAUUCAGAGGCUUCUUCAGUGAAACCGACAGGAAAGCUAGAAAUCUUACCUCGACCUACGAGCUGAAGGAUGGGAACAACUGCUUCAACUACUUCGUCUACAUGCCAAAAUGUGUGAAAGACACAUUAACACCCAUCAGCAUCAAAUUAAACUUUUCUCAAGUUGACAGUAAGAAUGGGAGUGCCAUCCUGAAUAUGGACAGCAAAACGGAGGCUUUAAUUGAGGUUCCCUUUGAAAAGCAUUGUAGAAAAAAUGACUCCUGUAUUGCCGAACUUGACCUGGAUUUUAACUUCACGACUCCAACAUUAUUGGUGGCAGAAGAUAACUACUUCAACGUGUCUGUUAAGUUGUCCAAUCAAGGUGAUGACUCCUACUACACCAGCCUAACAAUGCACUAUCCCACAGGCCUCUCCUUCUCUAGGAUGGCUCUUAUAGAGGCAACAAGACCAACUAUCCACAGCUGUCAAGAUCUAGAGGGAGUUCUUGACAAAACUAUAUGUGGUGUCAGCCGUCCUGUGUUUCGCAGCGGAUCAUCUGCAACAUUCAGAACUUCUUUCCACAUCCUGAAUGACUAUGAGUGGGAUGACACAAUUACGAUGAACAUCACUGGAACAAGUGAUAACACAAACUCCACCAGGAUUGCUUUCCUGACCAAAAGCAUCCCAGUGCAAUUUGAAAUUAAAAUGGCAAUAAUAGAGAAAGAAGACCAUCUUAACUAUCUGAACUUCACAACAGAAGAUACUGGACCUAAAAAAAUGGUUGCUAUAUACAAGAUAGAAAAUCUUGGUUUCAGGAACUUUCCUGUCAACGUGUCCCUGAUCUUCCCAACUCAACUGGAACAUAAGUUUGAAAUGACAAACUAUCAAGUCUUUGUCCAGGAGAACAAAACUCAAUGCACAGGCAUUUCUGAUAUAAAAUCUGAGCACUGUUCGCCAGAAGAACAUUGUAAAAUCAUAGUGUGUGACAGUUUCAACCUGGAGAAAGAAUCACCCACUGAGUUUACACUGUCAGGAGACGUACAAUUCAAGGAUCUCAAAAAAAAUGCAGCGAAUAUUGCCUUUCUUAAACGAUAUACUGGAGAUGGCAAAGAGGUUAAAUUUAAAAGCUCUAUAAGGGUCAACUAUGACAAGCAACGAUAUGUUCUGGACUCUGAUAAACAACAGGGGACGUCUGACGGCGAUCCAACAGUGAAAUUGACUGAAGUUCGGGUUGAGCUCAUAAUCCUCCCGGAUCAACAGCUGAUCAUUUCAACUGGAGUUGGACUGGGACUGUUGCUUCUGAUCAUAAUCACAGUUAUCAUGUUUAUGUUGGGUUGCUUUAAGAGGAAAUCACCCAAUUAUCAUGAAGAGCAGGAGAAUGACGCUCUUCUGUCUGGCAUCCCGACACCUGCCCCCACCAACGGGUUUUCCAGCCCAUCAGAGACUAACAGCAAAUCUGAAGAACCUCCAGAGGAAAAUGCUCUUCUUGAUGAUGGUGAGGCAAACGACAGCAGCCCACCAGCUGAUACAGAGGACAAACAUGUUUGUGAGCCGUAUGUAUUAGAAGCCAUGCAGGAGAUCAUUAUAGAGUGGGGACAAGUUCCCAGCUAAUGAGUCAGCAUUUUGCACUUCCAGUUCCCUCAUCUAAGAGUCAAUGUUUUUUUGAAUGGGCUCUAUAAGGUCUGUUGUCAACAAAAGCGUAAGAGAUUAAAAGGUUUUGUUCUAUGACAUAAAAUAUGCCACUUUUUAAUUUUGAGGGUUUUCAUUUGUUUUAAAAAGGGUGGCUGCUAACAAGUGGCUAAAUCAGACUACUAACUGUCAUCACACCAAAUAUUAGCUUAGUCAUGGUGAUGUGAAGUAAUGCGAGCAUGGUGCAGUUCAUUAUUAGACUAAUGUUUGCUCUUUAAUCCUGUCGAUUGCGUUCAAGUUUGAAAAAAAAUAAAUCAAGGAAAAAUGACGAUUUUCUUGCUGAACAAAAUGUGUAAAUGUCAUGAAGUUGUGUUUGACACAGAGCUUAUUAAUUGCAAUAAUCUAAAAUCCAAUGGAAAAAUCCUAUUGUCUUUUGGUUGAGGGAACCACUGUGAUGCUAACUUCCAGUAUGGCCUGCAAAAAUACGUCAUCCCUGCAGCACACUAUUGGUGAAUAACAUUGUUAAAUAAAUAGUUUGACAUUUUUGGCUUUCUUGCUAAGAGUGAGAAAAUUGAUACCUUUCAUGUCCGUCUGUUAAAUAUAAAGCUGUAGCCAUCAUAUUAUUAGCUUUCUCCAGUGCUGUAAACUGCAUCUCAGUUUUACUCAGCAAGUAGGGUUUGUUCAGUUAUAAUUGAGGAAGCGAUAUAUGAAACUUGUGCUGGUCUGGUAUCAGGGGUAAGUUCCUAGGAACCUUAUCUUAAGGAAAGAAACAUGCAUGACGUAUUACAUCACAUGUAAUAUGUGAAUGUGAAUGUGUAGCAGGGACGCUCACUUGUUCAGCGUCCCUGCUGUUUUACACAUUCACAUUCACAUAUUCACAUUUCUUGUGUUCACAUAGAGUGAACACAAGAAACAUCAGCUGUCUGAACGUCAUCACAGCAUCGACUGGGAAAACAUCAAUGUCAUUGAACAGGGGAAGGAGGGAGAAAGAUCAUUCACAUCAGACGCCACAGACUUUCCACAGAGACAAAGAUUACAAUCUCCCCUCCGUAAACAGUGAACUGUUAUCAUGUGACUGACGUUCCAUAACGACAGCACGUAGGUAGAGACACCUGAUCCUGGAAAAAGCAUUUUUUUGUCAAAUCAUAACUACUACUAAUAAUGCUUUUGUAUAUAGUAUGAAUAUUAAAGAGGCACUGCACACAUAACAUGUUUUUUGAGCUAUUAACUGUAUUAUAUGCUGUACUGUGAUGAUACACAUUAAUUGACAUUUCUUACUGUGUUUAAAAAUCUACAUUUCAUGUGUUGAUAAUGGUUCAACACGGACCUCUCAAUUAUGAAUGUUGUAAGUGACAAUUCCUGGAAAGGAUACCUUCAAAUAACUUCAAAUUUUACAUUUUAGGCCAGUGGAAAAAAAACAAGUAUCCCUUUUGUCUUAACAAAUGUCAUACAGUCUGGCCAGCGAGACUGUACUUCUUUGAGAUAAUUGUUUUUGUUAACGGGUACAGAAUGAUAAACUUUGACUUUACAUUUUGUUCUUCAAUUGUUUGUGUCAAUUGUUUGUAUUUUUUUAUGCCCUUAGAUUAUCUUGAUGGGGCAGUAUUUAUGCUGUCUAUAAAUAAAAUACCUUAACAAUC